AAAGAGAAUAAAAAAAAGCAGACAUGGUUGUUCGCCGAAGAAAAACAAAGGGUUUUCACUGCUGAUUUUGCGGAUCUUUCGGGCCUUCCAUUCCCUCUGUCCAUAUAUACACACAUACUUGCGUAUACAUUUUGGCGUAUACAGUUGUUGUCGAAGCAUCAUCUUCUCAGGACAAGUUUCAGAAUCAAAGACAUUCCUCUCGGGCAUGGAAUCUUCACCUAGCGUCGGUGUUUAUCCCCUGCAUCGUUCAAAGAUCAUUCAUCUGGUUAGACAUGCUCAGGGGAUUCAUAACGUAGCGGGAGAGAAGGAUCACAGUGCAUAUUCCUCCGAGGAAUAUUUCGACGCACAAGUCACUGCUCUCGGCUGGCAACAGGUGGAUGCUUUGCGGAAGCAUGUCAAAUCAAAUGGACUCUCCAAGCGGGUUGAUCUGGUCAUCGUUUCCCCAUUGCUAAGGACCAUGCAAACAGCUGUAGGUGCUUUCGGGGGUGAGGAAUAUACAAAUGGAGUGAAUGCACCGCCAUUGAUGGUGGCCAAUGUAGGAAACAGUGACCGCCCAUCAGUUUCAAGCUUAAAUUGCCCUCCUUUCUUGGCUGUUGAGCUGUGCCGAGAAACUAUGGGUGAUCAUCCUUGUGACCGGAGAAGAAGCGUUACAGAGUAUCAGGCCCUGUUUCCUUCAAUAGAUUUCUCAUUGAUCGAAAGUGACGAAGAUGUUUUGUGGAAGCCUGAACCGAGGGAGAGCCCAGAAGAAGUUGCAGCCCGAGGAGUACAGUUCAUUAACUGGUUAUGGACGAGGAAAGAGAAGGAGAUAGCCGUUGUUUCUCACAGCGGGUUCUUGCACGGCCUCUUGAGUUCGUUUGGGGACGAUUGUCAUACCGACAUAAAGAAAGAGAUGUCUGCACACUUCAAGAACUGCGAGCUGCGUUCCAUUGUGAUCAUUGAUAGAGGAAUGCUGGGGAAUGAUUCUUCGACGACGAACUAUCCUGGGAAGAUUCCUCAAGGGAUUGAUCUUCCAAGCGACCUUGCUGAUGAAAAGAACGCAUGAAGAAACAGCACAGAGUUUCUGUAAUAUGGUCCGUUAUAUGUAUUAAUUAAUUAAUUAAUUAAUCAUUUUUUUCUCGUUUAUUUAAGUAAACACAUAAAAUUACUCGAUUUCUCGUCUGCGGUGGAACAUUGUGAGUUUAGGAUUAUUUGUUAAAUCCUAAAUUUAUUACGGUCGUUUCUGAUGUUGAAUGUAAUAAUGUACCCAUAUUGGAAUGGGUAAUGUUUGCAAUAAAUGAUUAUAUCGGUUACAAUA